AUGGCGGGGUGGCUGAGCGCGAAGAUAAAUGCUCUGGGGGAGAAGAUGAUGGACUCGGUGUUAGAUGCUGUUGCGAAUCAGAGGGACAGCAACCUCAGCAGUCUGCAGCAAAUGCAGCAGUGGCAGGUCUCUCGUAUUAUUAAUAAAGUUGUUAAUGCAAAGUACUUCUAUAGACAAGCAAAUGUAGCUCCUUGUGCUGCUUUCGAUGAAAUCUUUCCUCCGCAAAAACCUCAGUCUCCUGCUGCUGCUGCUGCUGCUGCUGCUGCUGCAGCAGGGGCAGGGGCAGUGGGGGGGGCGGCAACACGCAGCAGCAGCAGACAGAGAUAUUCAACGGGAAUUAGCAGCAGCAGCAGCAGCAGGGUGCCUAGUGGCUGCAGCACGGAUGAAACCAUCGCAGCAGCAGCAGCAGCAGCAGCAGCAGGGGCCCAAGCAGGCCAGCAACAGCAACAGGAGCAACAGCAACAGCAGCAGCAGCAGCGCAGGGCUUCAUCAAGCUUGCUGCCUCCAUUUAUUCCUCGUGCUGCAGUAGGACGCUUAGAGAUUGAAGUGCCGGGCGCUUGUUUGCUGCUGUUUGCUGCUGAAGGGGUGCGUGGAGACCCGCUGCAGCAGCAGCGAGAGAAGCAUCAGCAGCAGCUGGCGUGGAUGCUGCGGGCUUCAGUAGAGAAUCAGCAGCAGCACAGCCGCACCGUCCGUCUCAGCAGCAGCAACAGCAGCAGCAGCAGCAGCAGCAGCAGCAGCGAUUGCAUGAAUGAAUUGCCUUUUGAUGCUUCCUUUGAAUUUCCUGUGCAUGAUCUGUGGACAGAUAUUUCUCUAGAGGUAAUUUGUAUAAGGCCCUGCAGACAAAUUAUAUUAAAAGCAAAUAAAGAAGCAGCAGCAGCAGCAGCUGCUGCUGCUGCUGCUGCUGCGGGCGGCAACAACAGCAACAGCAGCAGCAGCAGCAGCACUUCCGCGCCGCUUGAGGACUUGUCCGGACUGUCUGCUGCUGCUGCUGCUGGAUGUUUACCUUCGCUGCAGCAGAGGGAGUUGCUGCUGCAGCAGCUGCAGCAGCAACUGGGUUCUGCUUAUGACGAGGGAGAUGCUGCGCGGCUGCAGCAGCAGCUGCAGCAGCUCCACCAGCUACAGGAGCUGCACCACCUGCAGCAGCAGCAACAGCAGCAACAGCAACAGCAGCAGCAGCAGCAACAACAGCAACAACAACGUGCAGCAUCUACAGACAUAGCGACUUCAGAAGCUGCUGCACCCAACUUCGAUGAACGACAGCUGUACGGCCGCGUUAUAAUUCCCCUGUCUUCCUUCUUACGCGCAGCAGCCCCUGUGCAGCAGCAGCAGCAGCAGCAGCAGCAGCAGCAGACUUGGAGCUGGGGUUCAGGAUCAGGCUGGGUGAGUGAAGGGGAGUUCUGGGCGCAUCUUUACCCAGACAAUAAAAAGAGACAAGAAAGAAAAUACCUCAGGCCUGUCAGGGCGCCGACGCACCUGCGGAGCUCUCUAAGGGAUUACUUGUUUGUAGCUUUGUUCUGGCUGCUGCUGUUUUAUUGUAUUGUUAUUGCUGGGCUGCAAGACCUUCCUCUUGCUUUUGCUGCUGUUGUUGCUGCUGUUUCCCUCUCAUACAAAUGCUGCGAAUCGCAGAGCAGCAGCAGCAACUCCCCCUGUUGCAGCACAGCCCUGGUGCUCAGCAGCAGCAGCAGCAGCAGUAGCAGCAGCAGCAGCAGCAAAGGGGCAACAGACGAAACGCCACGGAAGAAAAGAGUUAUACCGCUCCCCGUGCUGCACUGCAGCACAGGGUCUCUUCCUCCCCCAGCAGCAGCACUGCUGCCUUCUGCUGCUGCUGAUACCGACAGUGGAGCAGCAGCAGCAGCAGCAGAAGCCGUUCCCGAGUCAACUGAUAGUCUGAGUGGCCACGUAAUGUGGGAGCUGCCGGAGCAGCAGCAGCAGCAGCAGGCGGGUGCUGACUGGAUAUUGACCCCUCGGGGCAACAGCAGCAGUAGGUCGUUCGGGCAGCAGCAGCAGCUGCUGCAGCUGUCGGAUUCCACUGUAUCUGAAGCAGCAGCAACAGCAGCAACAGCCGCAGCAGCAGCAGCUCCAACGAAGAGCUCGUCUAAUCAAGGUCUGUGGCCGUUGUUGUCUCUGGGGACCGAUGAGGGGGAGGCGGAGGCUGCAGCAGCAGCAGCAGCAGCAGCAGCUCCAGCAGCAGCAGCAGCUGCUGCUGCAGCAGGAACAGCAGCAGCAGCACCCGGAGCGAGUGGCGCAUUAGUUCCUUGUUCAGCAGGAGCGGCGGCAGCUGGCGCUGCUGCUGGUACAGCUGCAGCAGGUGCAGCAGGAGCAGGAGCAGCAGCAGCAGCAGCAGCAGCAGUUGAGGGGUCCUCAGGGGAAGGCUUCUCUCUUAUAUGCAGCCCCUUCGGGCAGGUCCGGGUGUCUGUACACCCCAAACCGCACAGCAACGAAGAGUGGCCGAUCUUCGCUGAUGAUGAAGCGGAGCCUCACCUCGUAGAACAACUUCAAAACCUUGUAGAAGUCUCCACUAUGCUGCAGUUGCUGUUUGGAUACACCGCGCAGUGUCUCGAUAAAAUAAAAUAUGCCUUUAAUUGGGAGGACCCUCUUCUUACGUUCGCCUCUGUUGUUUUGCUGCUGGUGAAUGGUUUGCUGCUGUCGCUGCUGCUGCGGCUGCUGGAUCUGCUGCCUCUGUUUUAUUGGCGUCUCUUCGCCUUCUGCUUGCUGCUGGGAAAUGCUGCAACGCGAGCAGCAGCAGCAGCAGCAGAGCCUGCAGCAGGAUCUGCUGCUGCUACUUCUACAGACUCAGUUCGAGGGGAUCAGCAGCAGCAGCAACAGCGUCGUAGUGGUAGGGAGGGUUCUGUUGCAGCAGCAGCAGCAAACGAUCCGCAGCAGCAGCAGCAGCAAGGAGCAGUAGCUUCGCCGAGGUGUCUGUCCACUGCAAAAGAGGAAGCACCAAUCAGCAGCAGCUCCUCUUCCUCAACACAGAAGCAGUCUUCAUGGUUUUCUGGGUUUCUGCGGCAAAGGCGCAGCAACAGCAGCAGCAGCAGCAGCAGCAGCAGCAGCAGGCGUGAAGGGUCUCUCUCUAAGGGAGAUGACGGCAGUGCUGGCAGCAGCUUGAGAGCUGCAGAGAUGCGCAUGUGCAGCAGCAGCAGCAUCAUCAGUGCAGCGGAUGACGUGCCUCUGUUCUCUGCUGCUCCUCCUCCUCCUAGCAGCAGCAGCAGCAAUGCGUUAUUAGCUUUUCUGGAUUAUGCACUUUGCUGCUUGCUGUCUUUGUUGUUUGUGUGUUGGGGGGGUUGUAGAAGAGUGUUGCUGCUGCUUGUAGAUCGCUGUGCUGUGCCGGUGCUGCUGCUGCUGGAGUCUGCUGCUGUUUCUUAUUUUGCUGUUGUUGCCUUUUGGUGGGCUCACCUGCCGGAGCAGCGGGAGCUUGAGCAUAGACAGAUUGCUGCUUCUCAGCUGCUACCUUCUUUAUCUGUCUUGCUGCCUCCUGAAGACCGUGAAGCAGCAGCAGCAGCGCAGCAGCAGCAGCAGCAGUAUCCGCGGCAGCGGCAUCGUUCAUCUGCCGCUGCUGCUGCUGCUGCUGCAGAAGCAGCAGCAGCAAAAGCAGCAGCAGAGGCCGGGGGAGGCACACUCUCAGCCUCUCUUAAACCGCAGAGUUUAUUCACGAAAGAUGUUUAUUUCUUUUUAAGAAGAUAUUGCCGCAGCAGAUGGCGCAGGGAGAACCCAGUGACAGCGCAGCUGUAUGCAGCAGCACCGUACCUCAUGCCGCGCAGCAGGAGCAGCAGCAUAGGCUUAGAAGAUCCCCAGCAGCAGCAGCAGCAGCAACAGCAGCAGCAGCAGCAGCGGGAAAUCUCGUCGUUCGGCUCUCUUUCGCUAGAAUUCCGCAAGGGGGCAUCCAUGUCUUGGGGGACCUCCAGCGAUGCUGGUGCUGAGGCGCAGCAGCAAGAACAGCAGCAGCAGCAGCAGCAGCAGCAUCAGCGGUCAGACUCUUUGCUCAGCUGGAGCGGCUUCGGGAGUGCCGUGGCAGCAGCAGCAACAGCAGCAGCAGCAGCAACGGAGGGAGGUUCGGACGCACGUGAAGGUGCAGCGGUGCCUCCUCCUCUUCCGCAGCAGCAGCAGCAGGUGCAGCGCAGCAGGAGCCGCAGCAGCAGCGGCAAGGGCUUGCUGCUGACUCCCUCUGAGUCUCUUACGAACUUAACAGCACAAGGAGAAGUGGAGCGCCUUGUCUGCCACCCUCAGUUUAUCUCGUGGCAGCAGCAGCUCUUUGAAAGGGGGCAGAAAGCAGCAGCAGAUGAAUUCAGUGAUGAGGACGAGCACCACCUGCAGCAGCAGCAGCAGCACCUACAGCAGCAGCACCUACAGCAGCAGCAGCAGCACCUGCUCCUGCUGCAGGAGCAGGCAAAGGCUCACAAGCAAGACCAGGAAGAAGAGCAGCAGCUCCAACAAGGGAACAGGGACGAAAGGCAGCAUCACCAGCAAACGCAGCAGGAGCAGCAGCAGCAGCAGCAGCAGCAACAGCAGCAGGUGUAG